AUGGUAGUUCUAUGCAUUAUCAUCUCCGUUAAUGCUCAACAACCACAGUUUCCGGCUCCAUUUCCUUUCCCAUUUCCAUUCCAACCAAUUCCAGGAUUACCCGAUUUAGCCAAGUGUUGGUCAACAGUGAUGGACAUCCCAGGAUGCAUUGCAGAGAUUUCUCAAUCUAUAUUCACGGGACAGUUCGGCAACAUAGGUCCUGCUUGUUGCAAAGCAUUUUUGGAAGCGGAAGCCAAUUGCAUGCCAAAAGUUCCAUUCAAUCCAUUUUUCCCUCCUAUGUUAAAGGAACAAUGUUCAAGAAUUGCUAGCGCAACUCCCCCUGCCGCAAAAUAG